AUGUCGGUACCUGAUGGUCCGGGACCAACAGUCGGCGCGAUCUUGAUCGGAGGUAUUGUGGGGCCUACGCUCUAUGGCCUUACCUGCUCCCAGGGCUUCAUGUACUAUGGCCGUAGUCAAAAAGACUCCGCGCUCAUGCGCCUCUAUGUGCUCGCGAUAUGGCUGCUCGACACGCUGAACGUCGUGAUGGUGGGGCACAUUCUGUACUACCACUUCAUCACCAAAUACGGAGACCCGACUGUGUUCCAAACGCCAGUAUGGAGUCUUGUGAUGCUAGUGCUCCUGACUUCGUUCGUGAGCUUCAUGGUGCGGGGGAUGUUCAUCAAGGGUAUAUGGCACCUAAGCCACGAGAACCCGUUCCUGGCAGGUGGAAUGGUCUUGUUGUCACUACUUGACUUCGCUUGCGGUAUCGUCCUCACCGUGAAGGGAUUCACCAUGAAGGCGGGCGACUUUGACAGUAUCAAGGUCUCUCUCUACCUCAACUUCGCAUCCGCUGUCCUUGCCGAUGCGGCCGUUGCCGUUACGCUACUCUGCCUCCUCCGCGGAACCAAGACCGGAAAUGCAAGGCGCGAUUCGGGUCUAGGCCGGCUCAUGCUCUACACUGUGAACACCGGGUUGUUGACAGCUGCCGAUGCCGCCGUUGCCCUCCUCACGUACGGGAUCAUGCCCCGCAACUUCGUGUUCUUCGCGCCCUACAUGAUCUUGAGCCACUUCUACACCAACGCGCUCUUUGCCUCGCUGAACGCGCGCACGCUCGGCGGGUUCGGCGAGCACACCGUGUCCGUCAACCUCAGCAUGAGCACCGUCAACUCCCCGCCGCGCUUCCCCGGCUCCUCCGGUGGCGGGCCCGGCAGCCCGCAAGUGAGCCUCGGGAUCCCGAUCCAGACUUUCAAAGAGGAGUCGCAGUCGGACAACGAGGACAUGAAGAGCUACUCGUUCGCGAAGGCCUUGUAG